AUGGACGCGGAGCGGGCGCACCUCGGGAGGGUGCUGGGCGUCACCACCAUGGUCCUCCUAGUCGCCAGCUUCUCCUACCUCGCCGUCAGCACGCUCUACGGCUGCCUCCGCGCCGCCCGCGUCGUCCACGCACCGCCCGGCAACGACGACGACCCGGCGCCGGCGGAGACGCAUCAGGACGACACCAAGCGCGCGCUCGACGGGAUCCCCGUGCGGGUGGUCGUUCUGCAGUCCCCGCGCGACGCCGACGCUGGCGGUCCGAAGCAGGACGCGGAACCAGACGCUGACGACGAGUGCACGGUGUGCCUGGCGGAGUUCGCGGCCGGGGACGAGGUGCGCGUGCUCCCGGCGUGCCGCCACGGCUUCCACAGCGAGUGCGUCGACCGCUGGCUGCUCACGCGUGCGCCCACCUGCCCCGUCUGCCGCGCCCCGCUCGCCGCGCCCGUGGCUGAGGACACGCACGCGAAGCAGGACUGCGCGGCCGGGCACGGCCACGUCGACGUCGGCAUUGGUGACCACGAGUCCCGUGCGAUCCCGGCGGUGUCACUUGUGGUGUAG